AUGUUUGUCAAUGGAUAUGCUAACAAAAUUCGUCAGCUGCGUUCCUUGGUGCUAGCUGAGAAGGGUGUGGGGGCGGUGGAUUUGCUUAGUAGGUUUGAUGUUCGUGGAUUAGCUCCAGGACGUACACAGUGGCUACGUUUAUACGCUUUAUUAUUUGAUGGUGAUUACGAGGGUAUGCUAGAAUUGGUUAAGAAGAGUGAAUAUGAAUAUGUUAGAGACCAAGGCUUGAAGAUAAUCGCCAGGGUGUGUCAGAAGAGGUUGGCUAGAAUUACUGGUUCUAAUAAUCAUAAUCAUUUACUGAGUAUUGAACAGAUAUGGGAGUUGGUUAGGAGAUUAUUGGAAUUGUGUACCUAUCAGGAGUGUCUAUCAGUUGCUCGGAUUCUCCGUUCUCAAAAGGUGAUAGCCUUUAUUGAAAGUCGCUAUGCUGAUACCGUCGUGCAUGAUUUAUGGAUGUACGGUACCCCGGAAGACAUGCCUCGAGACGUCGAAUCAUUCACGAGAGCUUCUCUGGAAGGAAAAAUACUUUUGCUCUCUUACUAUCCGAACGACGCUAUACGACUUUGCUUGGAAAUGGAUGGCACGAUAUCCAAUGCAGAUACGAUUGCAAGACAAACCUGGUUUCAAGCCUUUUACAGGAAGGCGGUCGCGAUGUAUCGACUGAAAAAAUUAACAGAUCAUGAAUUGCUGUUCGAACUGACGUGCAAAAUUGCGGAGGAUUGUUACUGGUCGCAUGACUUGGGCAUCUUCAAAUUCAGGAAUCCCGUGGCGCGCAAACUACUCGACAAUCAUAAGACAAGAGCGGAUUAUGCAUACCCUGAGACAGCUGAACAGUUUCUACUUUGGAUGGAUGCGCCGUGCAACUUUAGGUUACAUAAUAUAUCCAAUGUCAGGCCUAAGAAACUUAUUACGGAUAUUGCAAUGGCGCUAUACAAUAAAUAUGCAAAACAGGACGCCGCGAAAAAUGACGGUGCGAAAGAGGAUGCUCCACUGCCAUCAACAUUCGCAAAAAAAUUCUCCUACGAUUUAUUCAAAUAUUUGCCAGUAAAUGUUCGAUCUCAGAUUUGCACACGCGUGUUUUGUCAUAUUCGUGAACAAAAGGACUAUGAAAACUACAGGGAGCAUAUCCAAGCAUGCUUACCGUUCAUUGAUUGGAAUUUGUUUUAUCCAUAUGCAAGCAGACUGCUCAAUAAAUCUGUUGAAUAUGAGCGAAGUCAAGGCUACGAGUGCUUCUUCAAGUACAUCAUCAAUAACCCAGAUAUAUUAGGCCAAUGCGAACUUAUGACCGAGGAAGCGUACGAGAUAUUCUGUGAAACGCAUAAAGGAAAGAAUGUGCCGCCGGCAGAAAAGGAAGAGCUUGAGGCAGAUGCAGCCGGAGAGAUAGACAAUGACGUAGGUGAUGAGAGUGACGGUGAUCAUCAGACGAACGAUGGAAAGUCUGUAGACAAGUUAGAAGAGACGGAGGCGGGGUCAGGGGUCUUACCUCCAACUGAGGGCCUUCCACUGUUCAUGAGGCGCUUGUUGAAGGGUGUUAAGAAAGAGAGGCACCGGGGUUGGGUACUGAGAAACUUGGUGGAUAUGGUGACUAUUGUGAGACGUGGUAGUUCCUUUGAAUUUCCGAUUUACAAUUGUUUCCUUGAGUGCUUGCAAGUAGCAAAAAAUGAAGAGUGGAUACGGAGCUUUACACCAGUCUUGAAAGCGUUGCUGGUAACCAACUAUCGCGUAGACGAUACGGAGGAUUCCGCGAGAAGACGGAAUUUGGGUAUGCGUUUCAUUGACUGUCUGGUAGUAGGACAUGACCUUACGGAUGCAGACCACUUGGAGGAAUACCUGGAUGUGGAACCCUUGAGAGACUAUUUAUUGUGCACUAUUCUGCCGAAAGCGAUGAAGGGACGCACCAGAACGUUCUUGAACCUACCUGAUAAGUAUCUCACUUUCCUAAUGCCUGAUUUCAAAAGGAUAUUGGAUAAUUAUGAUGGACCUUUGGAUAUAGUUGCGUAUAGACAACACUGGCAUAAAGUUUUACGGUGGUUCCGAGCACAGGUCGGUAAAGGAAUUACGACGGAAAAUCUUGACGGUGGUGCCUGUGUUCAGAAGACGAAGCUAUACACUGAAGAUGACUAUUUGAAUCUACUGAAGCGACUGUUCCCGAAAGUCAUGAUGCACUUAAGACCUCAAAAUGCACCUUUAUCGUUUACAGAAUGGGUGAAGGAUGAGCUUAGAAAGAAUGCUGCCAAGGUUGAGUUUGAGCGAAGGAGGUACAUAAAAUGGCUGCGCAGCGCAUUGAGAAAUGAUGAAAUCAGCGAUCUGGGGGAGGAUCUGAAAGAGGGUGGUAGCAUCUAUUGUCCAUAUGAAAUAUCUGCAGGAAUGUCUGCCGAAGACUACGAGGGUGAUUGCUACUUGUACUGGAGACAUAACUCCGACUUGCGAUUUGUUCGACACUUGAAAAAAGUCAAUGAUGACUUGAUUCAAAACAAUCGUGUCUAUCAACCUGCAAUCAUCAACUUGUCCUACUUGAUCACUUCCUGCUCACUCUGCGAUGUAAGGGAUGUGUUCCAGUGCCUGCUCCACUCAAAUGAUAAGCCAAGUUCUGGCAAACACGUCGUUUUCCUGGUAACAAGAGUUCUUGCAAAUCCGGUUUAUUAUCUCCUCGCAAUUGUCAACAUGACCAUGGCCCAUCCCCAUACCAGGGCCGCAGCAAUGAGGUAUCUCAAACCGUACAUGUUUGGCGCCGCAUACAUCAAGCCUUUCCCCAAUCGCUUAACACACGGAAGUAUUAUUGCUGCACUAAUGGAUAAUCCUGACACCUGCACCAAGACUCUUAACGAGUUUGACAAGGUGCCAAGCCGACCAGGCAGCCGGUCUUUAGACACCCAAGUGUCUGAAAUGAAAAUGCCGGAGAUUCCGGAGAUGAAUGUUGAUAAAAUCUGGGAUAGUAUCAAGACAGACAACCUUACGGAUAAUGACAUCUUGUGGUCGUUCAUAGGUAGUACAUUGGAAUGUCCUAACCAAUAUAGCGACCGAUACUAUCAUUUGAUCUUUCAAAUGCUAGAUCCGGGCACUAUGCCGUUCCAAGGUCUACUAGGUAAUUUGAGAUAUGGGAAUCAUCCCAAAAACGAUAGGACUCUGGUUAAAGAACUCCUAGCACGAAUUGACUUGACCGCCGGGUGCGUUGAGGAGUUUAUUGCUGUGUUUGUAAAGUGCGCUCCGAACAAAUUCAAGUUUGUAGCGGGCAAAAAUCCUGACCCAGACUGUUUAGUACCAUUUAGUAUCCAUAGAACAGGAUCCGGCGAAGGUACCCUGACGGUGUACUUAGACUCAAUCAGUGCUCCGGUUUUAGACGAGGUGGUAAAAUCAUCGCAGUUCAGUGAUUUGAAGAGCGAAAAUGCUUUGACGCUGAUUGAAUACAUAUCGCACCACGAAUACUCUCUUCGCCUACUGUACGACUUGUUUGAAGGAUCAUACAUGUCGAGUGGGGGUGAGAUGCUGGGCCUACUCGAGCUUUACGCCACGAAGCUGAGUGAUCAUGAUCUGACUUACAUUGUGCUCAUGGCCGCAAGGAACAGGAGCGAGACGAUGGAGAAGCCGCAGGUCGUAUUUGAUCUAGCCGCAAAGUUGUCAAAGAACAUUGGACCACUAAAAACCAGCCUUCUUUACGGUUUCGGUUACACUCUGGCCAACUACGAAUCCGUGCACGAAAUUGACGUGAGCAGUGCCCAAAGUCCGAGCGUCUUUAUCCGCAACGCAGGGGCAUUCGCGGACUCAUAA